AUGCCCAGGUCGUUCCUGGUGAAGAGCAAGAAGGCGCACAGCUACCACCAGCCCCGCGCGCCCGACGGCGAGUACAGCCUCAGCCUGGAGAGCGUCCUGGCUCAGAUCUGCGCAGGUAAGCGCGGGGUCGGGACUGCCCGGCGCAGAGCCACCCCAGGCCACCUCGCCAAGGCGGAAGAUCGCUUCUCUCCGGAUUCUCAGCUGCCGGACGGGGCGGACGGGACCUCCGACUCGGCUCCCAGCUGCGAAGGGAGCGUGUGCGACAGAGCCGCCGAGCUGGAGGAUUUCUGGAGGCCGCCUUCCCCUUCAGCCUCGCCAGCAUCCGAGCGCUCCAUCUGCCCAUCCUUAGAUGAGGGUUCCCCCUUCUCGGUGCCCUUGAAACCCUAUGCAUGGAGUAGCCUGGGAGGUUCUGAGCUGAGACAUUUGGUACAGAGCUACAGGCCUUGCCCCGCCCUGGAACGAAGCUCGUCCCUUGGUCUCUUCUGUGAGCGGGGAUCUGAGCCCCCUCUCUAUGGAUCAGAACGCAACUCAGCUCUGGGACUCUAUGGUGACUUUGGUUCCCCUGGGCUCUUUGAGCGGCCAGCAGCCCCUGGAAUCUAUGUGGAGGCCCCGCCUGGACUCCAACAGGAGAAGAGUGCAAGUGGCAUCAAAUUGGAACCGGAGCUCCUCUGUCGCCCCCUGUUGCUCAGCACUGGUUCCUACAAGUGUGUCAAAUGCAGCAAGGUCUUCUCCACCCCACAUGGCCUGGAGGUGCAUGUCCGUCGUUCACACAGUGGCACCAGACCCUUCGCUUGUGAAAUGUGCGGCAAAACAUUCGGCCAUGCUGUUAGCUUGGAGCAACAUAAAGCUGUGCACUCACAGGAACGCAGCUUUGACUGUAAGAUCUGUGGCAAGAGCUUCAAGAGAUCUUCCACCUUGUCUACCCACCUUCUCAUCCACUCAGAUACUCGGCCUUAUCCAUGUCAGUACUGUGGGAAGAGGUUUCACCAGAAAUCUGAUAUGAAGAAGCACACUUUCAUCCAUACAGGUGAGAAGCCCCACAAGUGCCAGGUGUGCGGCAAAGCUUUCAGCCAGAGCUCCAACCUUAUCACCCAUAGUCGGAAGCACACCGGCUUCAAGCCCUUUGGCUGUGAUCUGUGUGGCAAAGGUUUCCAGAGAAAGGUGGAUUUGCGGAGACACCGGGAGACCCAACAUGGUCUGAAAUGAGAGCCAUGCAAAAUCUGGGGAAAAAACAAACCCCAAACCCUGACACAAACACUAUGUCAACGGACUUCCUCUUCUUCCUGGUGGGCUGCCCUUUUCCUGCACCUGCCUUUCUGCUCUGUUCCUCUGGCCCACUUCCUGCCAUAUCGUCACUAAACAGGAAGUCAGAGCAGGCUAGCCAGCAUUUUGCAGAACUUUACCAAAAGCUCUUGGGAUGAAAGUGGGAUGCCAAGGCUGAAGAAAGGUGGGGUAAAGCCUCUUUUUCUCUGUGUCUCUUCUUUUAAAAUUAAACACUGGAAAAAUAACAUAAACCCCCCACUACAAGCUACCUGUCGCCUAUGAACCAGAAAGUCCUUCUCUU